AAACGCUCGUCAUUAGUCACUAUAGCCAGGUAUCCAACACUUAGCUAUUGUCUGCUGUUUGUUUCUUACAGCAGACAUAUAAAAUCAGCCUCCUGUAGAAAAAUAGGAAGCGCGUUUCCACCGACUACAUUGGGUUCGGCAAACUUUAAUCAUUUGCAUUGCAGAGGAAGAGGAAGCAAUUCAAUUUCGGAAGAACCCAAGACAUCUUUGGGGCAAAGAAAAGAGAAGAUAAAAACAAAAUUAUUGGAUUUAAGAUCUUUUUGUCAGCAGUCUCCGAACCUUUGGGAGCAUUCGUUUACUGCAUCAUCUUCAUCAGAUUACAAGACAGAUUCAUUGGUUGAAUUCGAUACUGCAACAAUGACCCUACCGAGCGCCGCUCGCGUUUAUACGGAUGUAAAUGCACAUAAGCCGGAUGAGUAUUGGGACUAUGAAAAUUAUGUGGUCGAUUGGGCUAAUCAGGAUGAUUAUCAAUUAGUACGAAAAUUGGGACGUGGCAAAUAUUCCGAAGUAUUUGAAGCUAUAAAUAUUACUAACAACGAAAAGUGUGUUGUAAAGAUAUUGAAGCCUGUUAAGAAGAAGAAGAUUAAGCGUGAGAUUAAAAUUUUGGAAAAUUUACGUGGUGGCACCAACAUUAUAACUUUGCUAGCUGUGGUCAAGGAUCCGGUUUCUCGCACUCCAGCCCUUAUUUUUGAGCAUGUGAAUAAUACAGAUUUUAAACAGUUGUAUCAAACACUUACAGAUUAUGAAAUUCGUUACUACCUUUUUGAGCUGUUAAAGGCACUCGAUUACUGUCACAGCAUGGGCAUAAUGCAUCGUGAUGUAAAACCUCACAACGUAAUGAUUGAUCACGAAAAUCUCAAAUUGCGACUGAUUGAUUGGGGUCUAGCCGAAUUCUAUCACCCCGGCCAGGAGUACAAUGUUCGCGUCGCCUCACGUUAUUUUAAGGGACCCGAAUUGCUGGUUGACUACCAGAUGUAUGACUAUUCUUUAGAUAUGUGGUCGCUGGGUUGCAUGUUGGCCUCGAUGAUCUUCCGCAAAGAGCCCUUCUUUCACGGUCAUGAUAACUACGAUCAGCUGGUGCGUAUUGCUAAAGUGCUGGGCACUGAAGAGCUUUACGCCUAUUUGGAUAAGUACAACAUCGAAUUGGAUCCCCGAUUCCAUGACAUCUUGCAGAGGCACUCUCGCAAGCGAUGGGAACGUUUUGUUCACUCCGACAACCAGCAUCUUGUAUCGCCAGAAGCCCUUGAUUUUCUCGACAAGCUAUUGCGUUACGAUCACGUCGAACGUCUAACUGCCCGUGAGGCCAUGGCACAUCCAUAUUUCGCACCCAUUGUUAACGGCCAAAUGAAGUCGAAUAACCAGCAAUAGGAUUAAAAAGUCGAAAUUAGGAUGAAUGUAGUGUGGAAGUGUGUUAACCAGUCAUCAUCACGCCGUAUUACAAAAUCAGAUAAAAGGAUUGACAAGUUGUAGAAAAUUUAUCAUUACAAAAUUAAACUCAAAUUUAUACUAUAUAUAAACAGCAUCAAUAAAACAAAAAAGAGGAAUAUAACGGCAAUACAAAAAUCCGCAUAAAUGCAAAAAUUCUCCAUUGUUUGAUGAUGAUGGUGGUGUGUGCAUUCUAUUAAACCAAUAUUGAAUUAUAAUUAAGAGCAGUAACUGCGUUUAAGCAAAAUCCAUUUAACUGAUAAUAUUUAUACAAAAAAUUAAAAUAAUAAAUAAAGAAAUCCAAAAUCAAGAAUAAAUUUAAAUAAAAAAGAAACAUAUAAAAGGAGGGAAUGUGGUAUGUUCAUUAAAAAAAAUGUUUUUACCACCUUAACAACACCAGCAUCGAUAUAUUAAUUGAAAAACAUCACCAUCAGUCUCAUAUCUCAUAUUUUUAUCACAAAUAUGUUGUAAAGAUAUAACAUCAAAAUUAAAGUAAUACUUUGUCAAAAAACUUCACUCACUCAUACACAAAUAAUCAUUAAUGAUUAUAUAUUUUUCAAAUACUAAAUACUGUUUGUUACUACUAAAACUAUAACAUCAAACACGAUAAAACGUGCAACAUACAUACAAAAACGUUUAUCCUUACCCUUUACCCAACACUCCCACUUCAUUCAUUCUCCUUUACUUAUAUAUAAAAAACAAAAACAUGAUUAAGGCAUACGACAUACAUAAUUAUAAAUACUUGUAUUCAAAAUUUGUACAAUUUAAUUUUCAAAAAAAAAAGUUUUUUUUGUUUUGUUUUUAUAUAUAUUUCUUUUUUUAAUUUUUCCAUUUUGGCUUUUCACAGAGAAACCAAAAUGCUUAUUUAAAAUAAAUAAUAAAAAUGAUAAUAAACCAUAAUAAUAAAAAUUUAAA